AGCACCAUACUGGAACAGGGGUCAGCAAGUGUAAUUGGUGUCAGUGGGAGAAAUAGUGCCCCAUCAUUGGUGUCAUUGCAAUGAAGGGGCACGAUUCCUCCCACUGACACCAAUGAAGGGGCACAAUUCUUCUCACUGACAAUAAUGAUGGGACACUAUUCCUCACACACUGACACUAAUGAUGGGGCAACCAUCAUUGGUGUCAGUGGGAGGAAUAGUGCCCCAUCAUUGAUGUCAGAGCGAGGAAUUGUGCCCCAUCAUUGGUGUCAGUGGGAGGAAUAGCACCCCAUCAUUGGAAUACCAUACUGAAAUACCAUACCAUAUUGAAAUCA